AUGAUCGCGAACUCUCUCCUUUGCCAGCCUCUUGCCGUGGGGAAGCUUAUCGAGCGCUACUUUGCCGUCCUGGGCGGCGCCGACGACGCCCGUCUCGUCUUCCGGCACGCGGACGUGGAGCCCGAGGGCAGGGCGUUCGUGUGGAACGUGAUGAUCCGUUGCUGCCCACCGCAAGAGUCUCUUCUUCUUUACGCCCAGGAAAUAACGAGGAAGCGAGUAAUAAUGCCGGAUAGCUUCACCUAUACCUACGUCCUUAGAGCGUGCGCUCGAUUGAGUGCUCUGACAGUAGGAAGGCAGGUGCACGCCCAGAUUCUGAAGGCCGUGGUCGCGUCGCCCGUGGCGGUCCAGACGACGGCCAUCUACUUCUACGCGAGCUGCAAGGAUAUCGAUUCCGCCCGUCACCUGUUCGACGAAAUGACUACCAGAAGUCGCGUGACCUGGAAUGCCUUGAUGACCGGUUACUGCGUCAACGGUUUGGCCAAGGAAGCGCUGGCUUUGUUGAAAACUAUGUUGGAAGAAGGCAUGAAGCCCACAGACAGGACUGCUGUGUCCCUUCUCUCUGCUUGCUCUCAGCUCGGAGAUUUGGCGAUGGCGAGCGCUGCACAUGCUUACGUAUACAAAACUGUUCCAUUUCACCAAGAUUGCUUAUUUAUCGGCACCGGGUUGAUCGACAUGUACUCCAAAUGCGGAUGCCUGAGCAGUGCUUCAAGAGUGUUUGAAAGAAUGAGCAAAAGAAACGUUUUGACAUGGAGUGCGAUGAUGACUGGCCUCGCAUUCCAUGGCAAAGGCAAGGCAGCUAUGGAGUUGCUGGAAGUGAUGGAAAAGGACGGCGUAGCACCCAAUGCUAUCACAUUCACUUGCUUACUCUCUGCUUGCUGUCACGCUGGGCUGGUGGACGAGGGCCUCCACCUGUUCGACGCCAUGGACAGGUUCGGCGUCGAGCCUAGAAUGCAGCAUUAUGGUUGCAUGGUGGACCUCCUCGGGCGGGCGGGGAUGGUGGAAGAAGCUCACGGCUUUGUAAAGAGAAUGCCAGUGGAGCCAGACGCAGUUGUAUGGAGAGCACUUCUAGGGGCUUGCGUGACCCACGGACACGUCGAGCUCGGCGAGGAGGUCGGGAAGAUUCUGCUGCAGAUCGAACGGGCAGCGACAACGACACCUAGAACCUGUGAAGACUUCUUAGCACUAUCAAACGUGUAUGCAUCGGCAGAGAGGUGGGAGGAUGUCACAGCAUUAAGAGAAGCAAUGAGGCACAGUGGAGUACGUAACAGAGCAGGUUGCAGUUCAGUUUAA